AUGUCUAUCAACAAAGCUACAAUCAUGCCACAGGGGCCAACAUUUGGACCUGUGUCCCCAUUACCUGGUGAUGACAGAUGGAAUGAAACCAGAGCCCAGCUGCUUGCACAAAUGGACAUUAGUAUGGGAGCAAGAGUGGCAGAGGAGCUUAUAUUUGGAACUGACCAUAUUGCAACAGGUGCUUCCAGUGAUUUUGCUAAUGCCACUAAAAUGGCAAAGCAGAUGGUUAUCAAAUUUGGAAUUAGCGAAAAGCUUGGAGUUAUGACCUACAGUGAUACAGGGAAACUAAGUCCAGAAACUCAAUCUGCUAUUGAACAUGAAAUAAGAACCAUUCUAAGGAACUCAUAUAAAAGAGCAAAACUUAUCUUGAAAAGUCAUGCAGAGGAGCAUAAGAAUCUAGCAGAAGCUUUAUUGACCUAUGAGACUUUGGGUGCCAAAGAGAUUCAAAUUGUUCUUGAGGGGAAAAAGUUGGAAGUGAGAUGAGAACUCUCUUGAUGUGG